UUCAAGACUUCGCUCACAGCAGGAGGUGCUGCCGGCUUAAACGCGCGCGGAAGCAGCUCUCAGAGGUGCAGCCGAUGAAGUUCCAUCGCGGACCCGCAGAAUAUGACCGGGGAAUAGGAAUAACCCUUAAAUUAGUUCAUUUUUCCCACAAGACGAAGCUUGUAUCUACCCUUUAAACACGCUAUUCGCGACAGGAACAAAUAUUUAACAAUGCGAUGGAACAUGAUACUCAGCCUUCCAUGCGCGUGUGGCGUUGGAUUCUUUUUUCUUUGGAUAACAUUUGGCAUGGCGGUCGUUGAAGGUGUUGCAUCCCAACAGGAGCUACCUUUAUCCGUAGUCAAGCUGUGGGCCUCUGCUUUUGGUGGAGAAAUUAAAUCAAUUUCAGCCAAGUACUCAGGAUCACAGCUGCUGCAGAAGAAAUCUAAAGAAUAUGAAAAGUCUGUUCGAGUUGAAGAAAUCGAUGGCCUGAAGCUGGUGAAACAGCUGUCAGAAAGUAUGGAGGAGAUGUUUCACAAGAAGGCGGAAGCCAUGAGGCGACUGGUGGAAGCAGCAGAGGAGGCUCAUUUACAGCAUGAGGAGGAUCCAGACCUGCAGUAUGAAUACUUCAAUGCUGUGUUAAUUAAUGAAGCUGAUGAGCAGGGGAACACAGUGGAGCUGGGAAAGGAGUUUAUUCUGGAACCAAAUGAUCAUUUUAAUAACCUGUCAGUCAACCUCAGCCUCAGUGUCGUUCAAGUCCCAACCAACAUGUACAAUAAAGACUCUGCCAUAGUGAAUGGGGUGUAUUGGUCAGAGGCCCUGAAUAAGGUGUUUGUGGAUAACUUUGAGAGAGACCCGACCCUCAUAUGGCAGUAUUUCGGCAGUGCAAAGGGAUUCUUCAGACAGUAUCCAGGUGUAAAGUGGCAUUCAGAUGAGCAUGGAGUCAUUGCCUUUGACUGCAGAAAUCGCAAAUGGUACAUCCAGGCGGCGACCUCUCCAAAGGAUGUGGUGAUCCUGGUGGACGUGAGCGGUAGCAUGAAGGGUCUGCGGCUCACCAUCGCUCGACAGACUGUCUCUUCCAUACUCGACACACUCGGGGACGACGACUUCUUCAACAUCAUCGCUUACAAUGAGGAAAUUCACUAUGUUGAGCCAUGUCUGAAUGGAACACUGGUCCAAGCCGACAAAACCAACAAAGAUCAUUUUAGAGAACACCUGGACAAGCUCUAUGCGAAAGGAAUGGGAAUGCUGGGGAACGCUUUAACUGAAGCUUUUACCCUGCUGAAUGAUUUUAACCAGACUGGACGUGGGAGCAUGUGCAGUCAGGCCAUCAUGCUGGUGACGGACGGGGCAACGCAAAUGUACGACUCCGUCUUUGCCAAGUACAACUGGCCUCACAGGAAGGUGCGCAUCUUCCCCUACCUGAUUGGCCGAGAAUCGGCCUUUGCUGAUAAUCUCAAAUGGAUGGCAUGUGCAAAUAAAGGGUACUUUUCUCAGAUCUCCACCCUGGCUGAUGUGCAGGAGAACGUGAUGAGGUACCUGCAUGUGCUGAGCAGGCCCAAGGUGAUUGACCAUGAGCAUGACACCAUAUGGACCGAGGCCUACAUGGAUGACACGCUCCCUCAUGCCCAGAAGAUGGGGGAAAACAACAGUCCACUUUUAAUGACCACUGUGGCCAUGCCGGUGUUCAGCACCAAGAACCAAACGAAAAAUCAGGGUAUUCUUCUUGGUGUAGUCGGCACUGAUAUACCGGUCCAGGAGCUUUUGAAGAUCAUGCCAAAACACAAGCUUGGUAUUCAUGGGUACGCCUUUUCCAUCACCAACAAUGGCUACAUACUGACGCACCCAGACCUGCGGCCACUGUACCAGCAGGGUGGUAAAAGGAAGAAGCCAAACUACAGCAGUGUGGAUCUGUCUGAGGUGGAGUGGGAAGACAGAGACCAUGUAUUGCGCAAUGCCAUGGUGAACAGGAAGACCGGAACAUUCUCCAUGGAGGUGAAGAAGACUGUGGAUAAAGGGAAGCGUGUCCUCUCCAUGCAUAUUGACUACUACUAUACUGACAUCAGAGGAACCCCAUUCAGUCUGGGCGUGGCUCUGUCCAGGGGACAUGGGAAAUACUUCUUCAAAGGAAACGUGUCUAUAGAGGCAGGGCUCCAUGACCUGGAACACCCAGAUGUGGCCCUGGCAGAUGAAUGGAUCUAUUGCAACACUGAAGAACACCAUGAGCACAAAUAUCUGUCCCAAAAACAGGCCAUCAAACUGUACCUGACAGGACGCAAGCCACACCUCAAGUGUGAUAAAGAGCUCAUCCAGGAGGUUCUGUUUGACGCUGUGGUAACAGCUCCACUGGAGGCAUACUGGACCCGGCUGGCAUUAAACAAGUCUGAGAAUCCAGAUAAGGGAGUGGAGAUUGCUUUCUUGGGCACGAGGACCGGGCUCUCCAGAACCAAUAUGUUUGUGGUCCGAGAGCAGCUGAACAAUCAGGACUUUCUCACGGCUGAUGAUAAGGAAGGGGUGUUCAAUGCUGACCACUUCCCUCUCUGGUACAAGAGAGCAGCAGAGCAGGUUCCUGGGACCUUUGUCUACUCCCUCCCCUUCAGCUCAGGGAUCGAUAAUAAAAGUGUGGUAUUAGCCAGCACAGCUAUCCAGCUCCUGGAUGACAGGAAGUCCCCUAUCGUGGCUGCGGUGGGGAUCCAGAUGAAGCUGGAAUUCUUCCAGAGAAAGUUUUGGACAGCGAGCCGCCAGUGCGCUGCUCUUGAUGGGAAGUGUGGACUCAGCUGUGAUAGUGAGAACAUCAACUGUUACCUCAUUGACAAUAAUGGAUUCAUCCUGGUUGCCAAGGAUUCAUCUCAGACGGGGAUAUUUUUUGGGGAGGUAGAAGGGGCUGUAAUGAACAAGCUGCUUCUCAUGGGGUCAUUUAAGAGGGUGACUCUGUAUGAUUACCAGGCCUCCUGCAUUGUGUUUGUGGAGCGCAGUAGUAGCCCUCAAAGCUUAUUAGAUCCUUACCUGGCUGCCAUUGCUGCCGUUAAAUGGCUCAUCUCUGAACUCCUCAUAUUUAUGCUGGAGUUCAACCUGUACAGCUGGUGGCACUCAGACGUCACAGCCAAAGCUCAGAGGUUAAAGGGGAAGACAAUGCUGGUUCCUUGUGACACAGAGUACCCAGCCUUUGUCUCCGAGCGCACAAUUAAGGAAACCACCGGCAACAUCGACUGUGACGGAUGUGUCAGAUCAUUUGUGAUCCAACAGAUUCCCAGCAGCAACCUCUUCAUGGUGGUCGUGGACAACAAGUGUGACUGUAGUUCCGCCCCUCCUGUUACCAUGGAACCCAUAGAACUCAUGUACAACGAGUCUCUGAAAUGUGAGCGCCUGAAGUUGCAGAAGGACAGGAAACGGCCAGACUCCUGCCAUCCCUUUCACGCAGAGGAGAAUGCUAUGGAGUGCGGAGGAGCACUAGGCCUCAACCCCCAGCCCCUGGUGACCCUGCUGGCCCUGCUCUGUGCUCUGCUCGCCAGGUGACCGGGGCUCACCUUGCUUGGAUGCCACACAGGCCUAAUAAAUGGCCCUCCCGCCUCUCACUUCGUCCACACACUGGACCAGCAGCUGGAAUCAUGCUAUGUUUGUGAGCAUGUGUCUGCAAGCAAAAAAAAAAACCCCACAUAUUUUUACAAAUAGUCAUAAUUAUCAUUUGUAAAUGGUAGAGUUCCGGACAGGGAGGCCCCAGCUUACAGGCCUGGGUGACUUUUGCUUUGAGCUGCAAAUCAAUGCUGUUUUUGAAGGUCUUAAAGGCCUGAUGAUAUGCAGGGCAGAGUGGUGUAGGUAGGCUAGCUUUUUGCCCUUGCAGCAUCAUUCAAUGGAUGCAUGAGAGAAAAUAUAUAUAUUCAAUGUAAAACUUCAACUUUAAUUUCCACCUGUAGAAAAUUUGCAUUUCAUUAAAACUGGAAAUACAUUCAGUAGUGAUGUAAUUCUCUAAGAAUGUUCCUACUGUACAGUGACUCUACAGCUUAAUGUUUGGAAAGCUGGGAACUGGCUAAAUAAAAGCAAUUUUUUUUCUAUCA